AUGAGCGUUGGCAACAUUCUUGGUGGAGCUCGCGGCGUCACCCUAAGUCGACUGGCAUUCCUCUUUCUUCUCCUCGUCGCCGCGUUUCUUUGGCGCGAUACAUGGUUUCCCAGCGCCGAGACCGCAUAUCACAAUGCCAGGAAAGGACAAUACCCGUUUACGACACAUCAAGAUGAAGGACCAGAAAGCAAUCCAGGAGACGUCUCCAACACUCCACCUAGCUCAGUCGCUCCCGCGCAGCCCGCAGUCCCUCAACCACUCCACGUCUCCGAACCGUCUCCAUGGGACCCAAGCGAGCCCGCAUCUACGAACGAGACAUGCAAGCAUCUUCCGGGCGCAGAUAAGGUACUGGUGAUGCUCAAGACUGGUGCAACAGAGCUCUACCAGAAACUCCCCACCCACUUUGUCACCACCUUCAAAUGCAUACCCAAUUACAUGAUCUUCAGCGAUCUCGAACAACAGUUUGGCGAGGCGCACCUCUACGAUGCGAUCGCACCCGUCAGCAAGAGGAUGCAGGAAGAGCAUGAGGAUUUCAAGCUGUACAGAGAGAUUCAGAGAUGGCAGGCAGAAGGUCAAGACAUGAGCAAGCUCAAAGGAGACUCCGGGUGGAAUCUGGACAAGUGGAAGUUCAUGCCCAUGCUCCACAUGGCGAUUGGAGAGGCUUCGGACGAUAUCGAGUGGUUCGUGAUGAUGGAGGCCGACACUAGCAUCUCAUGGCUGAACCUCUUACUCUGGCUGAAGACAAUGGACCCGAGGGAGCCAUACUAUCUUGGCGCACAGAAUGUGCUCGGGGACACUACUUUCGCGCAUGGAGGCAGCGGCAUCGUCAUGUCUCGCAAAGCUGCUGACACAUUGCAGGCCGCUCGCAAGAGUAACGGCGAGGCGGUAUACGACGAGGCCUGGGAAGAUGUCACAAGGACCUCUUGCUGCGGCGAUGAGAUCGUUGCUCGCGCCUUCCUUGCGGUCGACAUCCCCCUCACCCCUGCGUGGCCUCUGAUCCAGGGCGAGAAGAUUAGCACGGUCGAUUACACGGACAAUCACUGGUGCACGCCGGCCGUGACCUUUCACCACGUCACGCCAAUCGAAGUCGACUCGCACUGGCAGUUUGAGAAGCAGUGGACGGACGAGCAUGGCUGGGAGAAGCCGUACCUGUAUCGCGACAUCUUUGCCCAUUUCAUCGGGGACCAUAUAUCGGUCAACAGAACGAGUUGGAACAAUCUUUCCAAUGACAAGAAACUGGUCGGGGAGGAUUUGGCCACAGAAGAUGACGAGGAUUUCAACAGUCUUGAGAGAUUCGAACAGGAUGCGACAAAGAGUGAAGAAGCAUGUGCGAGUGCCUGCGAGAGGUACGGCGAUCAGUGCAUUCAGUGGAUGUUCACUCCGGGACGGUGUCACCUGGGCCGAGACAUCAGGUUAGGGGAGAGUGAUGCGAGAGAGGAUGAACAUUGGAGCUGUGGCUGGAUGCAAGAGCGUGUGGCGGCGUUUCAAACAGCAUUGAAAGGCUGUAAAGUUCGAUGGGCUGGUUGA